CUGUAUUUUCAGGAAAUUCAGAAUUUACAAAGCAAGAAAACAGACGUGGGCAAGUUAGAGAAGGAGAGAGAAGAUGUCAUACAGCGCCUCCAGGACGUGGAGAGGAGAAAUGCCGAGCUGGAGGAGCGGGUACAGAGCACCGAAACCACACUGGCCUCCAACCGUGAGGAGCGGGAGCAGGCCGAGGUGGAGGUCCAACGUAUCAUCAAGGUCCUGGACGUGAAAAUCUGCGACCUGAAGGACCUGAGACAGAACUUAGCAAAGCUUGUCGAUAAAUAACGUGAGCAGAAAGGGGGGAGGGGGGGGGCUGCAUCUCCACAGUCAGAGCUUGGGCUCCUCUGUGUGAAUCUGGUUUGUGUUGUUUUACUGCUUUAAUAAAAGAGGGAGAAUCGAAUCCUCGCAAAGAAC